AUGUCGAGCAUUCCAGAAGACGUCUACCUUCAAAUCCUUAUAAGGGUACCAGUGAAAACCACAUUUGUAUGUAAGUGUGUUUGUAAGAAUUGGUUAGGUCUAAUUUCUAGUCCUCAGUUCAUUAAAGUGCAUCUUGAUUUCAAUAUCCAAAUGAAUAACUAUAAUAUCAUUCUUCAUGAUUUUGAUGGGCUUAGCAAGUCUUGUCCACUGCAGUCACGUUAUGCUUCAUUGUCAGAAGCAGCAUGGAUGAAUGAAUUUCAAGACGGUCUUGUCAAAAUGGAUUACUCAUUUGAAUGUGCAGCCACCACUGAGUUCAAGAUACUUCCGGAACCACCGCGUGAAAAUAUCAAAGAUACUGAGAACUUGUAUAUGAUUGAUUUCUGCGCCAUCUAUGCUUUAGCUCAUGACGACAAGAUAGAUGAUUACAAGUUGGUAAAACUUGUAAACAUGAUUGAAGGAAGGGAUACUUUAGUCAGUAUCUAUACGCUGGGAUCAAAUUCCUGGAAAUGUACUCAACCCCCCUGUAAGUUUAAUUUCCAAAGAGGGUCUGGAGAGAUUAUUAGUGGAGCUCUUCAUUGGUUAGUUAAAACCGCUACCAACACAAAGGCUAUAGUCCCAUUUGAUAUCGCUAACGAAAGAUUUGAAGAACUGCAACCACCACAAGAACUACUGGGAAGGAAGGAAUUGUUCGAUUCAAUAGGAGAGUGGGCAGAGUCUCUGUGUUUACUAGUCAAUGCUGAUAACUCUCAGUUUGAUGUAUGGGUGAUGCAGGAGUACGUAGUUCAAGAAUCUUGGAGCAAAUGUUAUUCCAUUACCCUACGAUUUCUUGUAGACAAUUCCUCUUUUAGGCUCAUGUGGCCUAUUAAGAACGGUAAGAUUUUACUUGCGUACCACGCUAAUUUGAUUCUAUAUGACCCGAAGAGAGAAACAUGUCAACAUCUUCGAAAGCUGGUGAGCAAGGUGGAAUAUUAUGUCGAAAGCCUUGUUUCCCUCAACUCUAGUACAUAUGUGGGUAGAUAG